ACCUAGAAACUGAAGUUUGGUAGAUGCGUUCCAUAUCUCGAUUGCUCGGCAAUGAAUCGCUUUGGUCUCUAGUUUACCCUAAGCGCAGGCGUCCGCUACCCAUAGUGCACUGCGUCUAGAGUCAUGGCCGGUGUACUGAAAAAGACGACUGGUUUGGUUGGCAUAGCAGUUUCCCAAAAUCCACAUGAGCGUUUAAGGAUAUUAUACACAAAAAUUCUUGCUACGCUACAGACCAUACCUAAUGAUGCAGCAUAUAGAAAAUACACCGAGCAAAUAGUUAAUGAGCGCUUUAAUGCAGUACAGAUGGAAAAGAAUGUUGAGAAACUGGAGGAAAGAAUUAACUGUGGGCAAAUAGAAGAAGUAAUUGUGCAGGCUGAGAAUGAAUUGAGCCUAGCAAGGAAAAUGUUGGAAUGGAAGCCUUGGGAACCUUUAACUGAAGAACCACCUGCUAACCAGUGGAAGUGGCCAAUCUAAUAUUCCAUUUCUCUAUAAAUGUAUAUAAAAGUGAAGUAAGAAGCAUUUUGCUGUUCUGCUUGAGUAAAAUAAAAAAAAUAUUUAAAAAAAAAAAA